AUGUACGAAAGAGCGGACGACUCGGCGUACGCGCAUCUACGCGACAUCUCGCCUGCCUACGACCGCAGCAUAGCGCUUUCUAGGGAGCUUUUACUAGAGACGACAACAGAAGGCUCCCGCUUCCAGCGAGUGGUCGAGCCCCUUCAGUUUUCCGACGGCCCCCACCUGCAUGAUGACGGGUGGGCCCAAACACCAGAUUUGAUACCCUGUAGUUUGGCUUUGGAGAACAUAUUUGCUAACCUAGAUGCUGUUCCUUCAAUAUUCCCUUGGAUCACAAAAGAUAAACCUUUAAUCAAAAUCGAAAUGGAGGAUGCUUCAAUAGAGAAGGAAUUGAAUAACAGUAAAGAGUCAGAGGGUGAUAGUCUUGAAGCAAUAAGGAAAUUUAUUGAGGAUGAACAAAAUAAAGUCCCAGAUCCUGUUCCUUCCACCAGCAAUGAGACUAUGAAGGUUACAACAGACGAGAAAGUUGAUGAAGACGGAAGUAAAGAUUUUGAUGAACGUUUAGCUGUAGCUUCAAGCAUGUUGGAUGUGAUUGUUAGUGAAACUGAAGAACAGAUAGCUAAAAAGAAAGAUGGAAAGCACAUUAAAAAUAAUUCAAGCCCAGCAGAUAAAGGGAAUAACGGUAUGGCAUUGUCGGUUGGAUCUAAAGUGGAAGCUCGAGAUUUUGGAGAUUAUUGGUAUCCAGCACAAAUUGUUGAAGUGGACUAUGAAGAAAUGGAAGUGUUGGUUCAUUAUGAAAAUUCACCUAAAAGGCAUGAUGAAUGGAUUUCUGUAAGCAGCCCUAGAUUACGACCACUGAACAGUUCUAAACCAUCUUCACCGACGCCUGCACCUUUGGUCAACGUAUCCUCUGCCAGAGAAACUGCUCCUUUCACUAAGAGUAUUGUAAAGCUGGAACCAAAGGUAUUGCCAGAGGAGAAAAAGUUGAUGUUUGUUGUUGGAGAAAGAUGUCUGGCCAGAUGGAGGGAUAAUAGGAGAUUUACUGCAACCAUCAGUAAAGAUUUGGGGGAUGGAGUUUAUGAGAUAGUUUUUGAUGAUGGCUUUCAAUGGAAAUGUCCCAAUUCGCGUUUGUAUAAGAUGAAAGAUCCUGUAAAGAUAGAGGGACUAAAGGUCGACACAACUACUUCUAACUCUACUACUUCUAUGCCAUCUCCAGUGCAGUACGGUGCAGGACCGAGCAGCACUUUGCCUAACGUUCCAGCUUUUCACACACAUUUAUUUGAUCCUACUCGUGAUUAUCUGGGUUCGAAAAGUGAGCGGCGUGAAAUGAAACGCAAAUUAAAUAUCAAAGAAAUUUUCAAUAUUGGACAAAAGAAAAAAAGAACUGAACUUAAACCUAAAGAACCAAACGAUAUGGUCGUUGGGAAGAAACGAAAGUAUAAAAGAAACAAACCUGAAGAGAAAUUGGCAACAACUGUGAAGAAGGAAAUUCCAGAUGCAGUAGCCUCUAUAAUUGGUACAGUCAAAAAUGAAGAACCUGUAAUAAAGAAGGAAAUCAUUGUUAAGGAAGAAAUCAUAUUUGAUAAAGAUAUAGCUAAAGAAGAGGAAGAAGUACUAAAAGAAGAGUUUAAGGAAGAGGAAAAUCCUGACGCAUCUAUUCCUGAAAUGGGGGACGACAGUGACAUGGAAGAUAGUGAGACUUAUAUAGAUCCAGUUCAAAAGGAAGAAGUGAAACUUGAAAAAUUCGAGAAAGUAGAUGAUUCUAAGCACGAGGAAGUAAUAGACAGGAUAAAAGAGGUCAUUAAUAAAUUAGAGGAUGGUAUAUAUAAAGUUCAAAAUUCCCCCAAACCUGAGGUAAAACAAGAAAUGCCCAAGCAAGUCGCAUCGGAGCUGAUAAAAACAGAAGUCAAAGAAGCAGAUAAGGAUAAGAGUAGGAAAUUGGCUAAGGUAAAGAAAGGUAAAAAGUUGAGGUUGUUACAGGAGAAGAGAGUAAAGAAGGAGGUGGAACAAGUGAAGAGCGAGUUGGAAGAGAUGAAGAGACAGGUGGAGGAGAUGAGGAAACAGAUGCAGGCUAAGACGGAGGCGUUGGCGAAAGAGACACAGGAGAUGCCGGAGAGUUUUUUGUUACCGGGGGAGUGGUGCUGCAAGUGGAUCAACGGACAGCCUGUUGGCAAAGUCAGCGAAUUGGAGGGAGAAGUUAGGGAUGGGAACAGCAAGCCUGGCCUGCCUAGGCGAAGCGUGCAGGUUGAAGAUAAAAGGUUACCUCCAGGGUGGACGAAACAUAUGGUUCGACGCAGUUUAGGCAACUCAGCGGGAAAAUGGGACGUCGUAUUAAUCAGCCCAGACAAUAGGAGGUUCCAUACGAAAACGGAUAUGCGAAAUUAUAUAGAAAGUGAUGAAAACCACGUUCUUCGAGAUUAUGAGCAUGCGCUUAUGGAUUUUGGUGUGCAUUUGAAGUUGGCUAGACGAAUGGGUUGGUUUAAAACUACACCAGGCGGUGUAGACGAGACGCCCGUGGUUUCUCUGCCGGCGGGUACUCUAUGCAGUACUUCACCUCUUGUGAAGCGCAGGCCACUCAGUUUGAAGAAAAUUAAAAAGGACAAAGGGAAGAGGAUAAAAUCCAAUAUCAACAUCCGGAUGCCUAAAUACUUGCCAUUGAAAACUGGUCCAGAAGAGUCUGCUAAUGAUGCUGGUGCUAUAGAACCUGCACUUUCGUUACCACCUGAAACCAGUACUGGAGAUCCGCCAUUAGAAGAUGGGUUCGUAUAUGUCGGUUCAUUGAAAGUACAAAUUAUUGAAAACCUCCUCCGAUGCCCUGCCGAGAGUUGUUUCAAGAACUUUAGAAAUAACACCCUAUUAAAAAUGCACAUCAAGCACUAUCACAGAGAACUAAAAAAGAUGCUCGGACGAACCCCUAAAGUUCUGGACUUGGCUUACGCUAGGACCAUGCCGACGUCAAUGAAACAGACAAAGAGGAAACAUUCCAGUCUGAAAUCUAUUAAAAUAAAAGUACCGAGGCUUCCAAAACGAGCCGAUGAUGCGAAACCAGAACUCAAAGAACCAGAAAGCCUUGAUCCGCAAGAAAUCCUUUCGACACCGGUCGAUACAGAAGAAACUGCACCAAGGUUACAAGACUCGCCGAAACUUCGUCACGCUCUCAUUAAUAAGCCUGUAAAGAGACCUCGCGUUUUGUUGCCCGUCCGCCGACCAGAUCCUGAGCUAGAAAAAGCCGAUAGCCAGACUGAUUCAAACCCAGAGAUACCAACACAACCGGUUGUAAACAUACCCCUGAUGGAUUCGUUGGAUUUCGAGACAGCGAUAUCGACGCAUACUGUGACAAAGCCUUUGGAUUUAUUAUCCAAAAAGAAAGAUAAGAAAGGUAAAGUGGCGGUGCUGACACCAAAACUUGUCAGCGAAGACGAGGAUUGGUACGCGAUGACGUCAGACGUGGAGACGCGUUCCAGCUUCCCUAGGUCUGGUACGCCAGAUUCCAAGAACAUGGAACUCAAAAUGCCUCCGUUAUCGUCGGAAUCUAUCGAGGCACAGAAAGAAGUUAAUGAUUAUAUGUAUUCUGAAAAUGGUGAGCGUAUUAAGAUAGUGCACAUGAAGCGAGAGGAGAUCAUAAAUUGUCACUGUGGCUUCCGCGAAGAGGAUGGACUGAUGGUCCAAUGCGAGCUAUGUCUGUGUUGGCAACACGCAUUAUGUCAUAACAUACAGAAAGAAUCAGAGGUGCCGGAGAAGUACACGUGCAGCAUCUGUCUGAACCCUCGCAGAGGUCGCCGCUCGCAGCGGUUCCUGCACGACCAGGACCGGCUGUACGAGGGGCUGCUGCCCGGCGCGCGGCCCAGCGAGCCCCUGCGCCGCUCCCACGAGCUGUGCGGCAACCUGCUGCGGCUACAGGACGCGCUGCACGCGCUGCGAGUCAAGUACUGUGUGCACACUAAAAAGGAUCAUCCCAAGCUAUACUUAUGGGCUAAAGACUGGGAGAAUGGAGAGUUGAACAUCAGCCAGGACAGACUGAACGCUGAGUACUCAGACUUAAACUUGAUGAUCAGCAGCAUUGGCAAGGAGAAUCUACCGGUGGGCCAGCAUGACCUGAAGGAUGUUCAGAUGGAUAUGCAAACUCCGCCUUCUGAGGAUCAUGAAAGGUACAAUCACAGGGACAGCCAGAUGGGGUCUCAGGCGUUGCUUAGCGGUUUACUGUCGAGUCCGGGAGGUGCGUCGCUCGAUCUACCGCUACCACUCAGCGCUUCCGAGCUGGAGCGGCUCGCCAGUACUGUGCAAGAUGAAGUGCAACGCGCGUCGGCGCCGCAGCCCGAGGCGGCGAUAGAGAACAGCGCGUGCCGCGAGCGGUUACUGCGGCACAUCCAGCGCUGCCAGGCCGUCAUCGACGCGCGGCUGGACUCCAUAGAGGCGCAGGUGGCAGAAUUGGAAUCUCAAGAUCCGUCUUUCGAGGACGACGAGACAGCGGAUUACUUCCCGCGCACCAAACAAACUAUUCAAAUGCUAAUGCGGGACUUGGACACUAUGGAAGAGCUUGGUGUUAUCACCUAAGCAUCACUUUGUAUAGAUUUUGGAAAUGUAUCUUGAUUAAACUUAAUAUAAUCAAUUGGUUCAAA